GAGAGAAAGCGAACAUAGGAGGGGAAUCGGACUCAAACCGCGGUCUGCCGUGUGGGGAUCCAGCGCCCUUAACCACCACACCACCUGCGGAGGGGCCUCGGUGCCUACGGCAGCAGCGUGGGGGGAGGGAGAGGUGACGUAACAUUAGCCGUCCCUCCUCCCCACGCCUCUCUCUCGGUAGAGCUGGAAGCGCACAGCCUAGCCCUUGCGAACCACCGAGGCUUUCCUGCAGUCCUCGGCCGCCGCGCGAGCCUGGGAGCGAGGAUGGAGAGACGGGUGUUGAGGAGGCCCUUCUGUCAUCUCUCUACCUACAGCCUGAUUUGGGGCAUGACCACAGUGGUGCUGUGCACAGCACAAGUGGAAGUGGUGACCCAGGAUGAAAGAGAACCACUGAACACACCUGCUUUCUUAAGAUGUUCUCUGCAAAGUUCCCAGGAAGUCUUAAGUGUGACAUGGCAGAAAAAGAAGGCUGUCAGCCCAGAAAACAUGGUCACCUUCAGCAAGAACCAUGGUGUUGUGAUCCAGCCUGCCUAUAAGGACAGAAUCAAUAUCACCGAGCUGGGACUCCAAAACUCGACCAUCACCUUCUGGAAUACCACCCUGGAAGAUGAGGGGUGUUACAUGUGUCUCUUCAAUACCUUUGGUUCUGGAAAGAUCUCGGGAACAUCCUGCCUCACCCUCUAUGUACAGCCCACAGUAUUCCUUCACUACAAAUUCUUUGAAGAUCACCUAAAUAUCACUUGCUCUGCCACUGCUCGCCCACCCCCAGUACUCUCCUGGAAGGUUGCGGUGUCAGGGAUUGACAACAGUACUGAGAGUCUGUUAAACCCAAAUGGGACCACGUCUGUCACCAGCACCCUCUAUGUCAAAGACCCCAAGAAACAGGUUGGGAAGGAGGUGAUCUGCCAGGUGCUGCACCUGGGAAGUGUGACCAACUUCAAGCAAACCCUGAGCAAAGACUCCUUCUGCUCUCUUGUGUUUCUCUCUCGACCACUGUUUCUGGGCCUCAUAAGACAAGAGGAGAGCAUAAUGGGCUUUUGGUUUUCAGUGCCACUAUUGUUAAGCAUUGUUUCCCUGGUAAUUCUUCUGGUCUUAAUCUCAAUUUUAUUAUACUGGAAACGUCACCGGAACCAGGACCGAGGUAUGUAUGUACGUACCAACAAUUUAACCAUCAGCAUGAACCAAUAAGACUCCCGCACACCAAUGCAACAUAAGCCCUAGAGGAGUCACAUGGACCCAUGAAAGUUAUGCCCUGGUCUACUUGAAUCUGACAGAAGAGGAAAGCAAGAGGAUAAAAGGUCAUUCUCCAAGGGAUCUAAAAGUGCAAAAGAGAUGGGACCCAAAGGCUUAAGGAUUCCAGGACUUUCUACUGCCAUCUAAGCUACGCAGUGUUUGUGUGAGUUCCAAGAGGAAGUCAUUUUACCUCUCAGGUCUGUUGUAGGACUUGAGUUUGUACAGCAACACAGUGCUGUACUGUUGAAAGGUCACUGGACUUAGAAUCAGGAGCACAGGCUUACUUGGGCUCCUAUUGGUGUGUGUUAGUCACUUUACCUCAAUGAGCUUCCAUGUCCUCAUCUAAAAUAUAAGGAAGUUGGAUCAGAUAAUUUGCCAUUCAGCUCUAAAAAUUGAUGUAAUUCCAGAAAAAAAGAAAAAAAAAAAAAAAGAAGUAGUAAAAAAGAAAGAGGAGAAUACAGAAAGGUCCAAAGAACUUUUCUGAGACUACCUUUUGCCUUUCUGUUGAUAGUACAUCCCUUCUUCCCUUGUUCUUAGGUCCAUGAGUCUGUUUUCCCAUCAUUUGGUAAUAGUCUACUACCUGCUUACUGUUUUGCUAAUAGUUGGCCUUGCUAGAAGCCUGAGUUUCACUGCUGUUCUGUAUGUGCUUCUAUGAGGUUUACAACAACAGACGUAAAACCGAAUUGUGGCAUAACAUUGACAACCUUAACUUAUGUAUUUAACUUAUCUAUUUUUAUAGCAAGGUAAAUAUUGUUAGUCUUAGAUAAUAGCUACCACUUUUUAAAAAGCAUGCUUUCCUUGUCCUCAUGAUAUGACCCAGUCCUAUUCCAGUUCGUUCCAAAUACAGCCUAGUAUAAUGAAUAUAUUAUGAAAACAGACAUUUAGGAUAUUUCCUGUAUAGCAAUCAGCAAGUUCAUAUCCUUUGUCUCUCUGGCUUCUUUUGCCAUGAGUGAACUGCCUUCAGUAGCAGGGGAGACAAGUAAGAGCAUACAUUCCUCUUGUUUUAAAGGUAUUGUUCUAACUAGUGGAACAAUAGUGAAUCUUAAAUAACUAUAAGACCGAAUUAGUGUUUUGUUUUGUUUUGUUUUGUUUUUUCAGUAUCUUUUGCUUGGUCUGUUGUUAUCAGUGACUCAGUAGGUUGUUUUUAUUGUUACAUUGGAUAUUUAUAUACUUAGAAAAC